AUGUCAACUUCCCCAGAUUUCCGGGAACCACAAGAACAACAAAAUUCUCCUAAACUUACAAAGGAAGAGACGGAAACUGUCAUAAAAGCCCGUAGACAACUUAAUACUCAUUCUAUUGUUGGGUUAGCAAUUGGAAGCGCGGUAGGCUACUAUUAUGGUGGAGCGUUCAUAGGGAACAAUCUCGGCGCAAUAUCUGGUCUAUUGGCUUCCUUACGCACACUUCGGACACUACCUGAUCCUAAUCGCGUUCUUGCGAUGAUCAAAGAAGCGCAGUUGCGUUUGGUUUCCAAGGAUGGUCGCAAAAGCCAGACGCAGCAGCAAGAAGACACGGAAGAGUUGAUGACAGGAUCCGAGGAAUAUGAAGUUGAUGAAGCGACCGGUGAAUUGAUAAGAAAGACAUAUGAUGGUGUGGAAUUGGGCAAAAAUAAUAGUCGAGAUUCAAAGCCCAUGUCAACGUGGGAGAGGAUUCGUGAACAAGCACGACUCAAACAACAAGAACGACAAAAUCAGUUGUCUAAGCCUCAAUCUGAACCUUCGUCUGAAGAUUCCUAUCAGCAUGGCGGAGGGGUGCUUUUAUCUCGCGAGAAUAAUGACGGGUUUGGCUCUGGUAUGGAUGAUAGCUACAGUAAUAGCGAUAGUAACACUGGUGAUGCGGACGGAGCUAAAGUAUCGAGAGUAUUUAAUCCACCGCGUACUAGAGAGGAGUUGGAAGACAUAGAAAGAAAGGGAGGGAUUAGAACUAAUCAGUAUGGAGAUCCGAUAUAG